CUUUUUUUCAAUGCUCUCUGGAACGACUACUGCUACUACUCAUUAAUCAUUGGACUUUACUGUAUUUGACCAAGCAUACAGUGCGAAACAGGGAUCGGAAUUCUUCUCUCUUGCUUUUCCUCCUCUUUGCUACUGACCGGUUUGGACUUUUCGCGACCACUUGUAUCCCGACAACGGUGUUGUGCCGAGCCUAACCCAUCGAACAUUGCACGAAAUGGGUUCAGACACCGCAUCACCAGGGGAGCAGCUCCCUCCAUUCCUCGCCGGUAUUGAUCUCGCCCAGUACUCCAGUAGAGCACACAUCGAAAACGUCAAAGAGCUUGCAUAUGCUGGCGGUGUCAUUGCGACUGUGACUACUCAGAAUCUUGACCAGGCCUUUGCCCUCCUCAGCGAUACCGUUGCCCGCCACGCCGUCUAUCUUGAAGUCUCCACCCUCGAAGCCCAACAGGAUGUCAUCGAUUUGCUCGACGCAGGUGCAGCCAAGGUGUUUGUAACGUCUAGCCAGGCUGCUUCCCUCCAGACGAUCCCGACAAUCGACCACAGCCGUAUCGUCUACUGUCCAACCACCGCACCAGGUGACGCCACCAGUGCGCUCGACGGUACUUCCUUCGGUUUAUAUCUGCAAAAUGUCAGCAGCGCAGAAACCGUCAGCAAUCUCUUGCAACAGCUCGGCAAGAACCGACCGCCUGUCUAUGUUUCAAGGGCCAACAUCACCGAGGAAGAAGCUGUCGCCUUGAGCCAGCAAGAUGCUGUGCCAAUCAUAGCUGCAUCUUUGUUGACCCUCGACGCAUCUGCUACUACGGGUCGGAUCCGUGUAGCAUCAUUGGUCCUUGCUCAGGCUAAGAGCGACCGGCCCGAUGGCCUUUUCACAACCUUGGUCACCGACGAGCGAGGCGUUGCUCUUGGUUUGGUGUACAGCAACGAAGAGAGUGUCGCGGAAAGCCUGCGGUCAGGUCGUGGAGUCUACCACAGCCGCAAGCGAGGUCUUUGGAGAAAGGGCGACACGAGUGGGGACUGGCAAGAGCUUGUUCGAAUUGAGACGGAUUGCGAUCAGGACUGCCUAAGCUUCAUCGUGCGCCAGCAAGGCCAUGGCUUCUGCCAUCUCCAGACAGCGACUUGCUUUGGGCAAUACCGGGGACUCUCGAAGCUACAGAAGACACUUCAGAGUCGAAAGCAAUCAGCGCCUGCCGGAUCAUACACUGCGAGGCUGUUCAAUGACCCGAAGAUGCUCAACGCGAAGAUCAUGGAAGAGGCGGCAGAAUUGUGCGAGGCCACUUCGAAAGAGCACAUCGCAGCGGAGGCAGCGGACGUGCUGUACUUUGCACUCACAAAGGCUAUUGCGGCGGGCGUUACCCUCGAGGAUAUCGAGCGCAACCUGGAUGCGAAGAGCUUCAAGGUCAAGAGACGGAAGGGCGAUGCCAAGGGUCCGUACGCAGAGAAGUUUGGCGUCAACGGCACGUCUAGCAAUGCAGACAAGGAGAUGAUCAAGGAAGCCGAGUCAAAACCCAAGAGCAAGGAUGAUCCUGCAGGGUUGAAUCAAGAGGGUCGGAUCCAGAUGCGCCGGAUCGUGACGAAGGGAGAAAAACCUGAGGCGAUUAAGGAGGCCUUACAGAGACCGUCACAGAAAUCGACGGACAAGAUUAUGGGGAUUGUCAACCCCAUCAUCAAGGAUGUCCGCGAGCGGGGCGAUAAGGCCUUGCUCGAGUACACACACAAGUUCGAAAAGGCAACUUCAUUGACUUCGCCUGUGCUGAAGGCUCCAUUCCCACAAGAGCUGAUGAACCUGUCUCCAGAGUCUACCCACGCCAUUGACGUUUCGUUCGAGAACAUCCGCAAAUUCCACGCUGCCCAGAAAGAGGAGAAGCCUCUUGAGGUCGAGACCAUGCCUGGUGUGGUCUGCUCACGCUUCGUUCGACCGAUCGAGAGUGUCGGUCUUUAUGUUCCCGGAGGCACUGCCGUCCUCCCGUCAACGGCGCUCAUGUUGGGUGUUCCCGCGAUGGUCGCCGGCUGUGAGAAUAUCGUCAUUGCUUCGCCACCACGAGCUGAUGGUUCCAUCACUCCUGAGAUUGUGUAUGUCGCGCACAAGGUCGGUGCUCAAAGCAUUGUCUUGGCUGGAGGAGCACAAGCUGUCGCGGCCAUGGCAUACGGAACAGAAAAGGUCAAGAAAGUUGACAAGAUCUUGGGACCGGGCAACCAAUUCGUCACCGCCGCAAAAAUGCUGGUCAGCAAUGAUACAUCCGCCGGCGUCAGCAUCGAUAUGCCUGCGGGACCUUCAGAAGUGCUUGUCAUUGCCGACCACACUGCCAACCCAGCCUUUGUUGCGUCCGAUCUCCUGUCUCAAGCCGAGCACGGCGUCGAUUCUCAGGUGAUCCUCAUCACCGUCGGUCUCAAUGAGCAGCAGCUGCAAGCCAUCGACGACGAGCUCCACAAUCAAGCCACAGCGCUACCUCGUGUAGACAUGGUUCGUGGUGCCAUUGCUCACUCCGUCACAUUGGUCACUGCUACCAUGGAAGAAGCAAUGGUUCUGUCCAACGACUACGCGCCCGAACAUCUCAUCCUCCAAGUCGAGGACCCCCUCGCUGUCCGAGACAUGGUUACCAACGCUGGCUCGGUCUUCUGCGGCGAGUGGACCCCCGAAAGUGUUGGAGAUUACUCUGCUGGAGUAAACCACAGUCUGCCGACGUACGGAUACGCUAAGCAGUACAGCGGUGUCAACUUGGCGAGUUACGUCAAGCACAUCACUAGCUCCCACCUGACCGCCACCGGACUGAAGAACGUUGGCGCGGUGGUCAUGCAGUUGGCGAAGGUGGAGGAGUUGGAGGCCCACCGACGAGCUGUUGAGUUGCGAUUGGACUGGCUCAGCAAGAAUGGCCAAUGAUGAUGUUGAUUUACUUGUAUGGAAAGACCAUUCCACACGUUUGAAGUUCUUCCAAGAACGUUGAUUUGAUUUCAUAAUUGCCGGUGUCGGCGUUUCUACUCUUAGAUAAGCUAUUAACUUAGAACAUAACAUGUUGCAGUGGGGUCAC